UUUAAAUAUACUUUACACCAACUAAAGACCAGCAUGACUAAAACCAUUAUUGAUAUGAUAUAGAUAAAUGGAGGAGUGAUUAAAAGUUAUGAAGUUAGAAUACUAACUUAAAAUAAAGACGAUAGUUUGAGAGUUGUUUUGGAAUUAAGCCAUAAAAUAAUGAAAAGAAAAGAAAGCGCAAAUUCCCCGGGAAAAUCACGAAACAAGGGGAUCCGCCUCUGCCAGUCAGCCUUAAGAUAUAGGAAUGAAAACAGGGGAGACACACAUAGUCGCACCCCCUACCGAUCUCCCUCAUAGAAAAUGCCAAAAGAAGAAGAAGAAGAAUAGCUGCAAUGGAACCAUUUUACUUGGUGGUAUUCGGGUCUCUGGCCUCCCUGGUUGCAGUACUGGAGCUGAGCAAAACAAGCAAAGAUCGUUUUAGUACCUCCACUGCUUUCAAUUCUUUCAAAAACAACUAUCUUGUUGUAUACUCUCUGAUGAUGGCUGGGGAUUGGUUGCAGGGGCCAUAUGUUUACUACCUUUACAGUCAUUACGGAUUUGGGAAGGGGGAGAUUGGUCACCUUUUCAUUGCUGGUUUUGGAUCUUCCAUGUUGUUUGGUACAGUGGUUGGAUCUUUAGCGGACAAAAGGGGUCGAAAGAGGGCUUGUGUCACUUACUGCAUAACUUACAUACUGAGCUGCAUUACCAAACAUUCUCCUCAGUACAGGGUUUUAAUGCUAGGACGAGUCUUGGGUGGCAUUGCAACUUCCCUUCUUUUCUCAGCCUUCGAAUCUUGGCUUGUUGCUGAACACAACAAGCGAGGUUUUGAUCAACAGUGGCUUUCUAUAACAUUCGCAAAGGCAAUAUUUCUUGGAAAUGGAUUGAUGGCAAUUUUAUCUGGGUUGUUUGGUAAUGUACUAGUGGAUAGUUUGAAAUUAGGUCCUGUUGCUCCAUUUGAUGCUGCAUCUUGCUUCCUUUCAAUUGGCAUGAUAAUUAUACUGUCCACAUGGACUGAAAAUUAUGGUGACCCUUCGGAAAACAAGGAUUUGCUUACUCAAUUCAAGGGUGCCGCUGCUGCCAUUGCUGCUGAUGAGAAAAUUACAUUGUUGGGUGCUAUACAAUCGCUGUUUGAAGGUUCAAUGUACACCUUUGUGUUCCUAUGGACACCUGCUUUGAGCCCAAAUGACGAGGACAUUCCGCACGGUUUCAUAUUUGCGACAUUCAUGUUAUCUUCAAUGCUUGGAAGUUCCAUUGCCUCACGAUUGCUGGCUCACCCUCCUCCAAGAGUUGAGAGCUAUAUGCAGACUGUAUUCAUGCUCUCCUCAAUAGCCCUACUACUUCCUGUUGUCACAAAUUUGUUGGUAGCACCAUCAAACGUGAAAGGUGGGAGCAUCUCAUUUUCUGGGUGUAUCCAGCUCAUUGGUUUCUGCAUAUUUGAAGCUUGCGUUGGGAUAUUCUGGCCAUCUAUCAUGAAGAUGAGGUCUCAAUACAUUCCUGAGGAAGCAAGAAGCACUAUCAUGAACUUCUUUCGCAUUCCUCUCAACAUCUUUGUCUGCAUUGCAUUAUACAAUGUAAAAGCACUUCCCAUGACCGUCAUGUUUGGCAUGUGCUCGGCUUUCCUUUUCGUGGCAUCUUUAUUGCAGAGGCGUCUUAUGGUGAUUGCGGAGAUACACAAGUCGAGAUCACAAGAUUGGCUAAAUAUGGAAGAGAUGGAUCCAGAGGGAGUUCCACUAAAUGGUUAAUUGAUUUCAGAGGGAAUAAACUUCUGACACUAAACUGUUUUAGUGCUUGCAGCAAGAGCCAUUCUCUUGUAAAAACAAUGACAGAAAUAUAGCUUUUAGGUCUUUUUUUGAUUCAGGAAAUAUAGUUCAGAGCUCCUUGAUAUUGUCUUUUUGAGCUUUCAUAAUUUUUUUACCUUAUGUUGUUCUGGAAACAACUUGCAACUAAAAUGGCUAUGAAAAUUGAAAAUCCAAAUUGUAAGAAUAAGAGAAUUUAUAAUUACAA